AUGAACCACCUUGCAAUAAUACGUCUAUUCUACUACACUCAAGGUUUCGAAGCUAAUUCCUGCCAGUUACAGACACUCGAAAUAUCUCGAGUCCCCAGUGUUGCUGACAUCAACAUGGAAGAGAAAGAGACGGACGAUUGGGCAUUUCGAAAGCUUGGACCAGAGGCUGGAGUGCCGGUUGUAGAAAGAUACGACGAGGUACCUCAGGAACGUGUGAACUUGUUUGAUAUUUCCAACGGGGACAGCGAAACAGCUCUAUUUGCCGCGGCUGGCUCCAAAGCGGUUGUGGUAGGCAAGGCUGAGGCACUGUACCAAAAGCUGGCGAUCAAUUCGGAGCUUGAGACAAGAUCUAUUCCUGUAAGCAACCCCCUUUUUGUUCAAAUUCUUGCGAAUGCUUCACAGAUUGCUGUAUACGAUCAGCAAAACGAAUUAACCCUUUUUGGCGCUGACGGAACAAAACAAUGGUCCUCCACAAUUGAGGGUAUCACACAGCUUGAAAAACACCCUAGCCAAGCGAGUCUAGCUUAUAUUUGCAAUGGCAACGCGUUUUUACUUACCGAUUCGGUCACCCAGAAGCUCGGUGAAGCCAAGAGGCUUUGUUUUGAUAGCGAAGGCAAUGCUGUUCUGGGCACUGAUUCAUCGAUCAUGUUCGGAUCUUCAACGGUAAACUUGCCGAAAGAAGGCGUUUUGGUUUAUUUACAGUCCGCUGGAUCUAGUAUCUUGGCAGUAAUCUCGGAAGAUGAUGAGUAUACAGCCUUUCUUUAUACAAGCGGAUCGUGGGUAGAUAUUCCAGAUGCUUGUCCCCCAUUUGGUGAUGAUAGUAGAUAUUUGACAUGGUACAGUGGAGCCGUUGCUAAGUGGAUUGGAAAUGAUCUCUCAGUUCUUGUUGCCAGCGCCUCCCAGUCUUCGGAUAUGCUUUUAGCUACCUCAUCAGAGAUUUUGAGUCCCUCAGAAGACGCAGAUAAGGCUUCUAUGCCAUUUACAGAGGAUGAGACGUCUCCCGUUGGUGCUGCAACUUAUACUGGAAGCUCUCUGGCUCCACCCAAAGGUUUUGCUGGCGUUGAAGAGUUGGCGCCGAUGCCGAUUUGGAUGGUGCUAACUAACGAGGGCUUUGUUACUGGCUGGGCUAUUUUAUCACGUGAAGCUAUCAAAUCAGGAGCCACGCUAUCGACUAAUUUCUCAAUCACUGCCACGUUGAAUCCCCAAGCUAAACUGUCCAUUGAGAAUACUGCUUCAGAGCUGGCCUCUGAAGAAGUUGUUGACCCCGACUUGUUAAGUGGGUUGUCAGUGUCCACAGGCGCAUCUAAGGCGCAACCAACUGUUGAACAAAAAGAGUCGGCCGCAAAGGAGGCUGCAGCUGAAAGUUCUGAAGCAGAUAAAAAGGAGCCAGAGAUCGCAGCGACGUCCUCCGUAAAUCAGAGCUCGCUAUUUGGUGCUGUUCCUUCGUCUUUCGGCUCUUCUUGGGGUUCUUCUAGUGCGUUUGGCAGCAAGCAGCCAAGCUCUGCUCCUAAAAUGCAGUUCAAUUUCUCCUCUUCAAGUCAGCCUGUUGCACCUAGCCCGUCGUUUUCGUUCGGUAAACCUGACACCAAGGAAUCUCCGUUUGGUGCACUUGCUGGUAAGAGUGUUUUUACUUCGGAUACAAGCUCUCCAUUUGCUUCUUUACAAAGUAACAGGCCGAAUGCUUUGGAUACCAACACAGAGUCUCCGUUUGCCUCGGUAACAAAUAAUGAGUCCGCUAAACCAAAGUCGAUUUUCAAUCUUGACAGCAGUCAGAAGAAGGAAAACGAGAAUCCUUUUGGCAAGUUGAAAACUCCAGAGACUAGCAUAUUUGGCCAAUCUGCCGGAGGAGAUCAAAAGAGUGUUUUUGGCCAGCCCCAGGGAGAAGGACUGAAGAGUAUUUCUUGUAAACCUGAAGAGCAAAAGAGUAUUUUCGGUAAACCUGAAGAGCAAAAGAGCAUUUUUGGUAAGCCUACGGAAGAGCAGAAGAGCCUCUUUGGCAAGCCUCAGGCAGAAGAACAGAAAAGCGUUUUUGGCAAACCUGCAGAAGAGCAAAGGAGCUUUUUCGAUCAGCCUACGGGAGAAAAAAAGAGUAUUUUCGGUAAACCUGAAGAGCAAAAGAGCUUUUUCGGUAAACCUGAAGGACAAAAGAGUCUUUUUGGUAAACCGGAAGAACAAAAGAGCAUUGUUGGGAAACCUGCGAGAGAGCAAAAGAGCCUUUUCGGUCAGCCUACGGGGGAACAAAGGAGUCUUUUUGGCAACCCUGCGGAGGAGCAAAAGAGUCUUUUUGGUAAACCUGAGGAGCAAAAGAGUCUCUUUGGUGAACCUGCGGACGAGCCGAAGAGUCUUUUCGGAAAGCAACCUGGCGAAGAACCAAAGAGUCUGUUCGGCGGGCCAUCAUAUGAGCAGCCCAAGAGCCUUUUCGGGAAAGCAGCCGGAGACCCGCCAAAAAGUUUGUUUGGCCAGCCCUCUGGAGAACAGCAAGAGACUGUCCUUGGCAAGCCCGCUGGAGAAACCAAAAGCCUCUUCGGGAAACCCGAGAUUGAUGCUAAGGGCCUGUUCAGUGAGCCAGUUUCGUCAGAUAAAACGCAAGCCAGCCUCGAUUUAGGUGGUCUUGGAGAGGCACUAAAUGACAUGCCUUUUCCAAAACUCACUAUUAAUGAUAGUCCGCUUCCUAAGGCAGAGGCGACAAAUGCCGAUCAUGAAACUCAAACUCGGCCGUCCGGUAUCGAGCCAGUUGCAGCACCAGAUCUCGACGAGGACUCAGAAGCGACAGAAUCUGAGAGCGAAGUUGAAGAUGGCGAAAUUGACUACAGCUUGGAAGAGAGCUUUGCUGACGAGGACGGUAGCGAUCUCACUGGGAGCGAGUCUGUGGUUUCUCUCAGCGUUUCUGAAUCGGUACCUGCGUCUGAACCUGAAGCGAUUCAGACCAGUGCAAUUGAAGAACCUUUAGUCAGUGUUGAUGCAGAGGGAUUCUCGGAAUAUGAAGAAGUUUUGGAUCCUAAUGAGAUAACUUACGCAGAGUUUCCACCCGAGGAUGAAGAAUUGCUCGAAUUUUCGGUCCCCGAGCCUGUGGCACCUCUUUCAGAUUUGGACAGUGCUUAUGCUGAAACAAAUCAGCUUUUCCAAGUUCUCGACUACAAUCUACAAGUGCUUGAAAAUCUCACUGCUAGAGUCAAAAACCAAAACCAGCUCUCAGGUACGCCUGACCUUUUAGACUUUGAAAAGUGGACGUUGGAAAGCAUUCCGAAACUUGCGUCGGUUGUCACCUCGUUGUCCGAAACCGUCAAGAACGAACAAGUGAGCGAUGAACAACUUCAGUCGGCCGGUAAGCUUCGUCAAGGACUUGAGGAGAGCUUUGUGGAUAUCAAUGAGGUUGCAGAGUCCCUAGUAUUUAUGCGGCGAGAUCUGGGCUCCCAGGCCCAACGUAGGCGGCCUCUGCCAUUCACUGCUGCCAAGCUGCAACGCCACAUGCGGGAUCAGUUGGAGACGGUUCAUACGAAACUCAAGCAGUGCGAGGCGUCUAUCUUAAAUUUGAAGGCCAAGCAAAACCCGCCCCGCGUUGCCGAUAUCAAUGUUGCUAUGGAUGUUGUCGAAGCCCAAGUGAACAAGCUGUCUAAUGUAGUUGGCAGCCUCGGUUCCCGUCAGAAGCAGUCUUUGGGCGCGGCAGAUAUCAGUGCGUACUCAGCAUCUAUUUUAGGGCUCUCCGAAAUGAAAGAGUACGACGAGGUGUUUGUGGACCAGCAAAGGCAACGUAAAUUCAUCGAAAAGGUCGGCGCCUCACUACGAAAUAGAACUCUAUAG